GAGGAGAGGCAGUGAGAGCCGAGGAGAGCGGGAGCAGAGGGGGGAAGCGGUUAGGCAGGGGUAUUUUAAAGAGGGGGGAGCGCUGGAAAGGGCAGGGAAGGAAAGGAAAGGGCAGGAAAAGGAAGGGAGGAAAAGGAAAGGGAAGGGGGGGGGAAAAGAGAGAGGGAGAAAAUCCUCCGUCGCCCCCUCCCCCUCCCUAAAAAAAAUUAGCAAGAGCGCGAGCGAGAGGAGGGGGGCUCGCGACGGCGAAAAAUAAAUAAAAUAAAGAAAACGGCAGGAGCGGCUCCAGCCGGCAGCAGCAGCGGCGGUAACAGGGCAGCGGCGGUGGCAGCCGAGGCGGAGGCAGGCGGCAGCAAGGGUCCCCUCGCUCUCCGCUCGCCCCCGGCGCCCGGCCGGCCGCCACCCCCCCGCCCCCCGCCUCACUCCCCGACAGCCCGCAACGAGACGCGCCGCUCUCCAGCACUUUUUUGGGCCCGAGAUAUGGCAAUGGUAGUCAGCAGCUGGCGAGAUCCGCAGGAAGACGUGGCCGGGGGCACUCCGAGCGGCCCCAACCCCGCCGCGACGCAGCCGGCCCGGGAGCAGCAGCCCCAGCAGCAGGGGAGCUCGGCCGCCCCACACACCCCGCAGACCCCCAGCCAGCCGGGACCCCCCUCCACGCCGGGCACAGCUGGGGACAAGGGAGCGGGCCAGCAGGGCUCGGGGCAGAGCCAGCAACACAUCGAGUGUGUGGUGUGCGGGGACAAGUCCAGCGGCAAGCACUACGGCCAGUUCACCUGCGAGGGCUGCAAAAGUUUCUUCAAGAGGAGCGUCCGCAGGAACUUAACUUACACAUGCCGCGCCAACAGGAACUGUCCUAUCGACCAGCACCACCGCAACCAGUGCCAGUACUGCCGCCUCAAGAAGUGCCUCAAAGUGGGCAUGAGGCGGGAAGCGGUUCAGCGAGGAAGAAUGCCGCCCACCCAGCCCAACCCCGGCCAGUAUGCCCUGACCAACGGCGACCCUCUGAACGGGCACUGCUAUCUCUCGGGAUACAUCUCCCUCCUGCUGCGGGCCGAGCCCUACCCCACCUCACGCUACGGCAGCCAGUGCAUGCAGCCCAACAACAUCAUGGGCAUCGAGAACAUCUGCGAGCUGGCCGCCCGCCUGCUCUUCAGCGCCGUCGAGUGGGCCCGCAAUAUCCCCUUCUUCCCCGACCUGCAGAUUACCGACCAGGUGGCCUUGCUGCGGCUCACCUGGAGCGAGCUCUUCGUYCUCAAUGCUGCCCAGUGCUCCAUGCCCCUCCAUGUGGCCCCGCUCCUGGCCGCCGCCGGCCUCCACGCCUCACCCAUGUCGGCCGACCGCGUUGUCGCCUUCAUGGACCACAUCCGCAUCUUCCAGGAACAGGUGGAGAAGUUGAAGGCGCUGCACGUCGAUUCGGCUGAGUACAGCUGCCUGAAAGCCAUCGUCCUCUUCACCUCAGACGCCUGCGGCCUGUCGGAUGCUGCGCACAUCGAGAGCCUCCAGGAGAAGUCGCAGUGCGCGCUAGAGGAGUACGUGCGGAGCCAGUAUCCCAACCAGCCCAGCCGCUUCGGGAAGCUGCUGCUACGGCUGCCCUCCCUGCGCACCGUCUCCUCCUCCGUCAUCGAGCAACUCUUCUUCGUCCGCUUGGUAGGUAAAACCCCCAUCGAAACCCUCAUCAGGGAUAUGCUACUGUCGGGGAGCAGCUUCAACUGGCCUUACAUGUCCAUCCAGUGCUCCUAGAGCCCAUCCCGCACCCCCGGCAGAGAGGCGGCGGAGCGAAGGAGAGGGGAACGCUCGCACCGAGGGGCAGUCGGGGUGCGGGGGGGGCCCGGGAGGUGGACACUGAACAAAAGAAAGGGCCGAGUGGGAGCAGGAUGUGGCCGUGGAGGGGAGAAGGACGGACCUAUCGUCCGUGAAGGUUGUGGUGUUACGCUCUUCUUUUUUCUUUUUUUCCUUUUUUUUGUCUUAUUUGCCGAUUUUUUUUUUCUUUUGGAGAGGAGGAAAAAAGAAAUAAAUAAUAUUAAUAAAAGAGACAAAAAAAAAAAAAACAACAAAAAAUGAGUAUUGAGGGGAUAUUAAUCAAACCUGAAGGGGAUACUGGAUCUUCCAGGAUUUAUUGUGGACUGUUGUUGAUAUAUGCUGUACAGUAAACCAACAAACAAAAAAGUAUUGAAACUGAACUGAACCUCGUGUAGAACUAAAAAAAAAAACUCGAAACCAAGCAAAUGACAACAAUGAAAAAUUCCAUGCGCAAACACUUACCAUGAGCAUUGUUACUCAUUUUGUAAUAUAUUAGUCUUUAUUUUCAUUUUUGGUAAAAAGUUAAAACAUCAUGUGCGCAUAAAGGAAAAAAAAAAAAGGAGAAUUAGGGGAAAAUAACAUUUUCCAAAUAAUUAUAAAAGAAUUGUCCUGUGUCUAUGUAUCUAUAUCUGUUUUGUAUUUUUUUCUGGUUCCAAACCAGAUUUCCUGUGAUUCUAUACUAAUAAUUUUUGAUAUAACCCUUUGCUUCUUAUAAUGAGUGCGAUAUAUGUUGUCAAAGCUGUUCUUCAAGAAUUAAAAUUGAAGUGAGAAUUUAAAAAAAAAAAUAAAAGAAUUUAGCAAAAAAAAAACCCCAACUUAUCACCUCACGACCCMUGAGUCUUGUUGCUUGAAACAUGCCAACAAUUCACAAAAACAAAUUUAAAAAAAAAGAAAAAAUAGAAAAUAAAAACUCAUAAACAAUAACAACAAAAAUCUCCCUGCAUUUUUAACUCCUUUACUGGUGCUAAAAAGGAGAACUUAAAAAAUACUUGUGAGGGGUAUCCAAGUUGUGUAAACUACAUGAUGCUCCAAAAUGGACUUGACCCUGUAAGCUUCAGGCUGAGCUGUCAAGGCCUAGAAAGAGGGAUCAGGAGUCGCAGUGCAAUGCCUUAGGUGACCUUGCCUCUCUGGAACUGCACGACAGACUCUCUACCAAGGCUGACAGGCCCAUCAGGUUGGCCUAUGCCUUUUUGAAAUACCUUUUCUCAUCACCUGGAUUUUCUGCUGAGUUCACACCUUGCUUUUUGCUCUCAGACGCCGUGGGCAYGGAUUGAAGUCACCAUAUGUCAUCAUCUCUACCCGUGCAGCAGGAGGCAUACUCUAGCCAUGGGUCCUGUUUAUUCCAGGCAUGGUGGCUUUUGGCUUCUGGGGACCUGGGGUGGGGUUGAGGGUUUUUUGGUUUUAUCUUGUUUUCCUCACCAAGGGCUCGCASACCCCAAUAUGUGCUCCAGUGUGCAUGUCUCGUGCUUACUGUCAGCCAGAAAAGACCUCUCUUUUUUUUUUUUUCCAACUCUACUUGCUGUGUGUGGAGGGUAUUCCCACCCCAUUAAUAUAGAAAUCCAACUGGAUGCUUGCUCAUUGGGUGGUGAGCCAAUGCAUUUCAUGUAUGCUUAUGUGCCAUGGCCAUGCAAAACGCACAGGCUGUGACAUCUCACACCACGGCCCACCCACCACAGGGGCCUGAGCUCUGUGCCAAAAGCCCCUCUUCRUUUCAGCUUAUCCUUUUUUCCAAGAAAAUUAAAAACCGUUUUUGUAAUAGAGCUCCUUUGAAGGUAAAGGCUUCUAGCUGGUGGUGCAGAUCUCUGUAACAGCUUUCAGUGCAUGAAUGUUUUAUAGGAUCUGAGACGGAGCUGUAAGAACACAUACUACCAAGGGAGCUCUUUCUUAAUGUAUUAAUAAAGCUGGAUCUUUAAAAAUAACAUUGUCCCCCUCACACAGACACCUCCUAUGCCCUCCAAACAAGCCUGGAGGAGGUAGAUUUUCAGUUUGUGAAGACAUGGGCAGUGUUUUCCUUUUAAUUUGCCUUCCUCCAUACUCUCAUCUCUCUCCCUCUCUCAAUCUCUCCCAUCAUUUUUUUUUCAUUUUUUUCUUCUUUUCCCCCCUUUUUUUCUUUCUUUAACAAGACUCUUCAAUCCAACUCGCUUGGGGUUUUUAAAAUUCUAGGCGCAGCAGAUCUGAGGUGAGAGCAACUCUAUACAGUAGACAGUUAAAGCUGGAUAAUCAACAUUGCAGACAGAUCCUCAAUGGAGGUAUCACCCAUUCAGGAUGGAGAAACAUCCUGUAUUCAUAGGUGCUAGGAGUGGGGGGACUUGAAUAAUUCCAGACCUGAGCACACAAGAACAGGAAUUCAGGAAUUAGAUAGACAGACAUAUCCUCUCUUUUGUCACUCACUUGGACGCUGCAUGAGUGAGAGCUUUGUUCCUGUCCUUUCCCUGGCGCCUUCUCUGGGUAGAGGGGGUCCAGCAGCCCCUCCAGACUCUCAACAGGGAGCUAGUGGGAAUGCUCAGACAUGGGAGGUGCUGAAAGCAGCUUUUCCAGCUCUGUUUUUUGGUGGGAUGGGUGACUGGGGACCCAGAUGAUGUACCAUUUAAAAACAAACAAAAAUACAUACAACCCCACCACCAUCAAAAAACCCCAAUACAAAARCAAAAACCCCAAACCCACCAAAACAAACAAACCCUCCCUAAAACAAAAAUAACAACAAAAACAAACCAACAAAACAAAAACCAAAAAAACCCCACAAAAAUAAACAAAACAAAUGGGGAUAUCAGAAGAGAAAAAGAGGUCUCAGUUUCUUCCAUUGAGAUGUAAAUAAAUUCAUGACAGUGUUAUCCCAUGAUGAAAACAAUUUUUUCAUAGGUAUUUUUCAAUUAAUUUUCAUAUUUAUGAAUAAUAAUAACCCACGGAUUGUCAAGAAACUUGCAGGUGUAGAGGAGGUGUACAAGAUGCACUUAUUUCCAUGUAUGUGCCUAGAAAGAAGUGUUUCAAUCCCUUAUUAAACUUUGCUUAUAAGACGGCAUCGUGUUCUGGAGCGUUAACUACCCAGUCUGCGCUGUGUCAGUGGAUGUUUUCCUUUACCACGCUGCAGCCUCUCGGGCAUUCAUAUGGCAGCUAAAAAUACUGUAUCAUCGCGUCAUCGAGUGCUAUUUGCCGAAAAAAAAAAAAAAAAAAAAAUUAAUAUGUGAAUGUGGAGAGGGGCUGGAGUCCCUCAGCAAGUUUCUGCUGACUUAUUCGUGACC